AUGAUGAGCGACUUCGACCAAGCUACCCAGGCAUGUCUGCCGUGUCGCCAGAAGAAGCGAAGAUGCGACAAGGCCCUGCCAAGUUGCACACUGUGCAGUCGCCUGAGUCGCGAGUGCACGUACCCCGAGGGCGCUUCUUCGCCAACGGCUGAAAAUGUCUUGUUCCUGAGGCAGAGGAUCCAGGAGCUGGAAGAUCAAUUGGCCAUUGCCAGUAGCACCAACACCAACAGUAACACCAACAACACCGACUCGAUCUGGACGACGCCGCCAGGUAGCAGUAGAACAAACUCUAGUAUAUCGCUGACUGAGUCAGCGGUGCACAAUCAUGCCCCGUUCAUAUCGCUGUUUUUUCUAGAUGGCGAGGCCUUUGGCCAUGUCCGACCGUCACUCCCCAAGCCGUCGCUCCCUAUCCCGGUCGACGUCGGGUUGAUACUGGGAGGUGCUGCCGGCGUGCAAAACUUGCUCGAUGUGUUUUUCUCGACUGCUCAUGUCUGGUUCCCGUUUAUCUCCAAGGCCAGGUUGUGUAAACAGCCCCUGGACCCGGCCAAUCUGCCGGCAGACUUUGUUGUCCUGUUCCUCAGCAUGCGGAUGUUUUGUCAAAGCCCGCGUGGAAAUGACAGUAUAACUAUAGGUGGUAUGUCGUUAUACUCUUUCGUCAAGCAGCUUCUUGCCGCGGUCCAAGGCAGCGACUUGUUGACUCUGAAUCUGAUGCAAACGGCCAUCUUGAUUGCUCUCUAUGAAAUCUCUCAUGCCAUAUACCCGGCAGCGUAUCUAUCAACGGGCCACUGUGCACGACUGGGGUAUUCUCUUGGACUACACAGUCAGCAAGCACCGCAAGUAUUGCCAAAACCCGCUACUUGGGGCGGCAACGAGGAGAUAAAACGCGCGUGGUAUGCAGUUAUGAUCCUGGAUAGAUACGUCAAUAUUGGCAACGAAAAGCACCCCCUGGCAUCCGGAGACUUUGACAGCAACGGAACACUCCCGGCAGACGACCAUGCCUGGAACCAUGGUGAAGUCGAAGCCACCCAGCCCAUCUUCAUCACAUCGUCCGCCCCGGUCAAAGCCGGCGGCUAUGCGCGGUCCUGCCAGGCCGGUCAUUUACUGGGCCGAGUGCUCGAGCAUCGCGAUGACGAUGCUAUGCAGGGCUCUUUCCGCUUCACAUCCGCCAUGCAGAUUCACUCUACACUGGACGCCCUGGUCAGCAGCAUAACCCGCGAGGCUGAAACCACACCCGAGCAGCUGGGAACCGCUUUUGGACUCCUUGCCAGUGCUAGAUUUACCCUGUACGACCCAUAUUCAUGCACCGCAUCGAACCACGGCCGAGCGACCGUGGAGGAGAUGCAAAUGCAAACUAUAUCUCUCGACGGGCUGAAAGCUACCGCGUCUGAUGUGCUGCAGUAUCUCCAGGAUCUUCACGAGCUUGUCAAGUUCGAUUUGACUCUAGCCAGUCCCUUGCUCUGUGACUGUAUUUACCAGGCAUCUGCCACGUUUCUGUGGCUGGAGCAGGAGAACGGGGACCCACAAAUGACUAUUGCGCUGACUAUAUUGACUGAUAUUCUGCGAGACUGGAGUACUCGAUGGGAAUUGGCAGAGGCCUUUGUGUCUGACCAUCUCGGCGGGAGCAUCGGCGAAAUCAACCUGGUGACCCUCGUCGCGUCGGCAUCAGCACUAUUAUGGGCUGCCUUGCAGUCGCGACUGUCUUUUUUCACCCCGUCUUCUCCGGCGGCGCUUUUUACCGAUUUCUUACUCAACGCCUGCGCAAUACUGUUCGCGACCACGCUGUACUCUGCUUCGCCACUUCUUUUGAACAUUCUCCUCGUGUCUCCUGCUGUACUGCUCGCCCUUACCUCCAAGUCUCGCGCUCCCCAAAAAGCCAGACCUCCUCGCCACGAUGAGAAAAAAACCGAAAACGACCUCGAUCCGUUCCCCGUCCAUCCGUUUCUGACAACGUACCGGGCUGCCAUGAUGGUGGCUACCUGCAGCGCCAUCCUCGCCGUCGAUUUCCCCAUAUUCCCGCGGCGCUUUGCUAAAGUUGAGAACUGGGGUACGUCGUUGAUGGAUCUCGGUGUCGGAUCGUUUGUCUUUUCGGCAGGGCUUGUGUCGGCUCGCUCUGUUUUAAAGAGCAGUGGCAAAAGUAGUACUUUGAUACACCGAUUGGCGGCGUCCAUCAGACACUCUAUCCCGUUGUUGGUGCUAGGGUUCGUACGCCUUUAUACUGUCAAGGGCCUGGACUACGCCGAACAUGUUACUGAGUAUGGAGUGCAUUGGAAUUUCUUCUUCACUCUUGCGCUUUUGCCUCCGUUUGUCGAAGUUUUUCACUCCUUGUACAAGGUGGUAGGAUCAUACGAGCUUCUUGCCCUCUUAGCGAUUACUAUUUACCAGGUCGCGCUCGAAUCCACGGAUUUGAAAGCAUAUAUCCUGGUCUCGCCGCGCGGUCCUGAUCUACUCUCUAAAAACCGGGAGGGCAUUUUCUCGUUCAUCGGGUACUUGGCCAUUUUUCUAGCUGGACGCGGGACUGGUUUACGAGUCAUUCCCCGAGGCACAUCCGCAACAGUCUCACCACAACAGGCAAGACGUGGGGUUCUGCGUUCCUUGGCGAUUGGGGCCGUGGGCUGGUCUGUUCUUUUCAUCUUUAACUCUACCGCGGCGUUUGGCUACGGAGCCAAGAUCAACGUAUCGCGCCGUCUGGCCAAUAUGCCAUACGUAUUUUGGAUUGCCGCGUUCAACAACGCCCAAAUUUUCCUCUUCUGCACCACCGAGACGCUCUUCUUCCCGGGCGUACACAAGGCCACUGACAAAGCGACCGAGGCCGAACGAACAAAGUUUGCGACUAGCCGUGUCAUGACAGCCUUCAACAAAAACGGACUGCCGAUUUUCCUUGUGGCUAACUUGCUUACCGGGGCGGUCAAUUUGACGUUCAACACUCUGGACGCGAAUACAUGGCAGGCGAUGGCUAUUCUGACGGGGUAUGUGGCGGCUGUCACUGGAGUGGCGUUGACGCUGGGUGCGUUUAAUUUGAGGCUGAGGUUGUAG